AUGUUACUUCAAAAGUCUUGGGUGUUACUCGCGCUAGCCGGACUCGAUCUCGUUCUGGGAGCAGUUCUCCGUAAAAGCAGUCGAUCGUCAAUGUCUAAUGCCGAACGAUUCAAAAGAGGUUUACCUCCUAAAGCUCCACAGAGACUAUACAAUUCCACCGAAACCAGACCCGCCAUGGCUCGUCGAUCGGCAACUUCGGGUAGUGGUUAUAUCCAAGUAACGCCCGUGGGCCUCACCACCGUCAAGCGUGCGGGGACAGUUUUCGACUCUGUAUCAUAUCUGUAUUUCGUCCCCGCUGCUGGGAGCUUUUAUUUGUAUAUCACCGCAGCUUACUCUGGUCUCGCAAUAGGAAUCUGUUCUCAAUUCUUUCGAGGCGGCUCUUUCAAUAUGGAACCCGGAAACAACGUAUGCACUGAUUUCACAGCUUGUUCCAGUACCGAUGCCACGGAAACCCCAUCAUCAGCCGCCGGUCAGCAACAUCAAGCUCCUAUUUGGUCUGUUCCCUCCUCAGUCCCCGGAUCUUUGCAGCCAUGGUACUUCAACGCGGACGGUACGAUCACGACCAAUGCGAACUUGUACGCUUUCACCAGUGGUUCCUUCUCCGGGGCGUUGGGUAUGGCGUUGGACCCGAGUUACUUUCAGGCGUCGGAAAUUGUUCAAGUUGAGGCGGAAUUGAUCCUCAGUUUACCCUCAUAG